AAAGGAUUGUUGUCUAUGCAUAAUCUGAAACCUGAACUAAACGAAGCUGUAAGUUCACAAGAGGCAGAAAUGGCCUCAAAAUUUGAUGAAACCCAGAUUAGCUUGGUCAAGCAAUUUGUUGGAUUGUGUAAAGCGAAGCCUGAAUAUUUACAUGCUCCACAGCUGAAGUUCUUCAAAGAUUGGCUGGAGAGCAUUGGAGGUCAGGUUCCUCCACUACCAGAAAAACCUAAAGAACCAGAGCCACCUCCAAAACUGACUGAGGAGCCUUCAAAGCCAACCAAGGAACCUCCAAAAUCAGCAGAGGAGCCUCCAAAACCAGCAGAGGAGCCUCCAAAACUGACUGAGGAGCCUUCAAAGCCAACCAAGGAACCUCCAAAAACAGCAGAGGAGCCUCCAAAAACAGCAGAGGAGCCUCCAAAAACAGCAGAGGAGCGAGGCUGCAGCAGAAGAACCUGUGGACAGUGAGAGUGAGGAAAGUGAUGUUGAAAUUGACAAAGAAGGAUGCAUUGAGCCAGAUAACGAUGAACCUCAACAAAUGGGAGAUUCAAGCAUUGAGGUUACAGACGAAAUGAGGGAUGAAUCCUCCUCAAAGAGAAUGGAAGCUAUGACGGCAAUGAAUGAAGGAAACUUUGAGGAGGCACUCAAGCUGUUUACUGAAGCUGUUCUUAAGAAUCCAUCUGCAAGCAUGUAUGCUAAACGAGCAAGUUGUUUUAUUCGGAUGAAAAAACCAAAUGCAGCCAUUAGGGACUGUGAUGAGGCUAUCAAGAUCAAUCCCGACUCUGCCCAACCAUACAAAUGGAGAGGACGAGCACACAGACUCCUGGGUCAUUGGGCAGAGGCUGCUAAGGAUCUUGCUGUGGCAUGUAAACUGGACUUUGAUGAACAGGCUGAUGAGUGGCUGAGGGAAGUAAAACCUAAGGCACAACUUCUACUAGAACAUCAGAGAAAAUAUGAACGGAAACGUCUAGAGAAAGGAGAGAAGAAGAAAAUGGACAAAAUCAAAAAGGCAAAAGAAGCUCAAGAAAAAGCCAGGAAGGAGGAAGAAGAAAGGACAAAAAGGACACGAGGGUCCACAACAUAUCGAAGUGGCUUUGAAGUUCCUGACCCAGGGGUCUACCCUGAGGAAGAUGCGUUCCCUCAUCCCGGAGGUCCGGGAGGACCAGCCACUGGAGGGGCCGAUACACCAAACUUGAACGCGCUACUGAGUGAUCCAGAGUUGUUGGAAGCUUUUCAGGAUCCUGAAGUGAUGGCCGCCUUCCAAGACGUGAGCCAAAACCCAGCAAACCUCUCAAAAUACCAACAUCUUCCCAAAGUCCAGAUGAUCGUCGACAAACUCGCCGAGAAGUUUGGUCCCGCGGGAUCUGAACCGCCACCUGAUCCUAGCGAGUUUUCCGGGGGUGGAUUUCCCGGUGGGGGUUUUGGAGGUGGAUUUGGAGGCGGGUUUCCUGGCGGGGGCUUUGGAGGUGGCUUUCCCGGCGGGAUGUCAUUUGGGAACAUGUUUGGCGGCGGGAGGUGAAUUGUAGUGAACUCGAAUUGUACGGUGGAGAUCCUUUCUUUUUCCUUUUUUACUGCGCGAAAGGAAAACGUGUAACAUUAACAUGUGAUUUUGGACGUAAGCUAUGUAUUGUAAUCUUAAUACACAUAAAUUACUCUGUGUUCAGAAUAGAGAGACCUUCCUAUUUCUUUAAAAGUAACGUGCAGCCAAUCUCGUAUUAGCCGAGGGCGGUAAUGAGUUCGUAGUCAUUCUACAAUUUCUACCAGAAACCGAAAGGGAGGCUCUGUUCCAUCCAGUAAAAGUGCUUGACAAUAGUCUCCCUUCCAGCCCUUUCCGGCGUCGUCACGCAAGCGAAAACUCCCCCACCAACGGCUGCUCACAUUCGAACAACAUUCCUUUCCGGAAAUUGGCCAAUCAGCAUUUACUUACCAUAUUCUGGAAAGCGUUCGCGCCUCAAUAAUCAAACCAAUCACAGAGUUCGUAUUAUCCGAGCGUUGAAACUGACAAAAUGGCGUCUGUUGAAGACGCUUUCGACUCAGUGCGAGAUACUUUUGGUAUUGAGAACUUGAAUUCGCAUCAGAGAGAAGCCAUAACAGUAAUUAUAGAAGAACUUUAUAGAAGAACUUUAUAGAAGAACUUUAUUAGAAGCUUGUAGCACUCGCGACAAAUUGAUCGCUCUCUCGAGUUAGAAUAGCUGUAGAGGUCAACAUCGAUACAAGCCUUUAUUAUCUCAGGAAAAUACCAAGCACUUCUCCCAAAUAAACAGUUUUUAUCUUUAGAAACAGCAGAAGAGCAAACAAAACAGCGAUCAUUAUCUGAUAUUUUCUUCGGAGUUUCGAUAACAUCGCAUUCCAUCUUUAGAAACUAACGCUAACGCGCUUCCUGUGAAUUCGCGGGAAUAAAAAUAUCGCGUGUUCAUUGGUUGUUUGUUAGACAAUAAUAUAUAUUAUUGAGACUUUAUUUUGAUUGGAUAACACAUUACAAUGGGAAAGGAAUGUUGUUCGAAAGUGAGCAGCCGUUGGUGGGGGAGUUUUCUCUUGCGUGACGACGCCGGACAUGGCUGGAAGGGAGACUAGCUUUACAAGUGAGGUCAACUUAUAUCCUAAUUGUCAGUUUACAAUUGAACUUUUAGUCGUUAUACCGUUGUACUGACAGAAGCCAUUUGCUGACGCAGUUUGAACUAUUACUAACUCUUAAAAACUACAAACUGAAAAUAGGCAAGAUCAUAACACCGUUAAUAAACUUGUAGCACCAAUAAAUGCAGCACUUAAUCUCAAAGCAAGUUCUUGAAAGGUAACAAAUGAUCUGUGGUGCCAACAAAUAAAUCUUUCUCUUUCCCUGAA